AUUGUUAACUUUGCGUACUUCUGUACGCGGUUAGUUUGAUUUUGGCGUGGAGAUGGGAAGGGUUAUUCGAAGCCAGCGUAAGGGUGCCGGAGGUGUUUUCAAAGCGCAUACCAAACAUCGUAAAGGAGCUGCUAAGUUGCGUCCAAACGAUUUCGCUGAACGACAUGGUUAUAUUCGCGGUGUCGUUAAAGAAAUAAUUCAUGAUCCGGGUCGUGGGGCUCCGUUAGCCAAAGUGUCCUUCAGAGAUGUAUAUUCAUACAAGUUGAUCAAGCAAACAUUUAUCGCGGCGGAAGGCUUGCAUACUGGACAGUUCGUGUACUGUGGUAAAAAAGCCAAACUUCAGAUUGGCAACAUCCUCCCAAUAGGUGCAAUGCCUGAAGGAACCGUGGUUUGCAAUCUGGAGGAGAAGUGUGGUGAUCGUGGGAGGUUAGCUCGUGCAAGCGGGAAUUACGCCACUGUUGUCGCUCACAAUCCCGACACUAAACGAACUCGUGUCAAACUACCAUCAGGUGCAAAAAAAGUUUUGCCAUCGACUUGCCGUGCCAUGGUAGGUCUUGUUGCUGGCGGUGGUCGGGUAGACAAGCCCAUUUUAAAAGCAGGUCGAGCCUAUCAUAAGUAUAAAGCUAAAAGACAUUGUUGGCCCACAGUCAGAGGUGUUGCCAUGAACCCUGUCGAGCAUCCUCACGGUGGUGGUAAUCAUCAACAUAUAGGUAAACCAUCUACGAUUCGCCGUGAUGCAUCACAUGGUCGCAAGGUUGGUCUAAUAGCUGCUAGACGAACUGGACGUAUUCGUGGUACCCGCACAAUUACUUCAAAAUCCGACAAGGAAUAAAAUAAAAUCAUCAUGUGGUA